CUGUUGCCGCGAUGGUAUCGUGUGUUUUGCGACAGUGACGGAAAGUGUCGCAAACGUGUGGGAGGCUUCAGGCACCGUUUGAUACGUAGCAAGGUAGCCGCCUAAACUGAACUGGAUAUCUACAGUUGAGGAGGAGCAGUCGGACGGUUCUUAAUAACAUACAAUGGAUUUUAGAAGGUCAAUGCAUCGUCUUUGUGCUCAUCUUCCACGGAUAUCGCCUCGUCCUGAAGGAGGUUGUACAGCGAGUGUGAUGUCCCGCUGCUCUGCUGGGUUGUGACGCGAGGAGGGGCUUGCGAAGCAGCCUGCAGGACAGUAUCGAUGACUUAGCAAUCAAAACCCAACUGACUAACGUUACACUCGUUAUGCAAUUGUAUUGUCUCUAUUCGCCCAGCCUGCUUCUCUGUAUGCCUAUUGACUGUCGUAAUAUCACCAUUCGUGGGAGACAACAGUAUUUACAUCUCUGGAGCUGCGUCAGGCUAGCUGAAGUUGAACAAGAUAACACCGGACGUUGGCUGAAAUUGCCUUCGCAAUAACUGCGCCAAACAUAUUUGUUUGUAUAGGUUUUGAAUAGCAACUGAGAUUUGCGCCUGUAUUGUUACCGUUGUAUGUACGAAGCCAUUCAUUUUAUUUUGGCAAAGCGGAAGUCGGGCUUGUUCCUGCUGUUUUGCCACUGGUAGGAAGUGGGAUGUGGCCAGGAUGCAUUUAUGCUUCUGUUUUAAGAUAUGAAAAUCAUUGAAUUAGUGCUGCUUCGGGAGCUCUGUUUCACCGCCGGACACAGGGGGAAUUGCGACAGUGUUGCCGGCCGUCGGGGUGGUUGUUUUCGGCGGUCCAAGACGGCGAGUACGCGGGAAGGUGCUGCGCUGGUUUCGUCUGGACCGGACAAUUUCAAUGAGGGUUUCUCAACCUCACGCCCUGACAAUUCGUGUCUGGCGCUCUAUUUUGUACAUACAUAAUAACAGCAUGUGAAUCGAUAGUCACGUCGUUGACUUUUUUAUUUUAUAUUUUUUCUUGGACAAAGACGUUGUGCCCGCACCGCCACACGUGUGUAUAUGUUUUGCAAAUGUCAACGACUCGGCGUCAAGUGAUGAUGGAAUCACCUCGAGCCCUCGGAAGACUGGAACUGACCCCCGGUUCAGGCGCUGUCGGGGUCAGCCCGACCACGCGGCUCUCCGGAGGGCACUCCGCAAAGGAGACGUGCGGGCAGCGGCCUCUGGGGCCACAAGGCCCGGCUCGUCUGAACGGCUGCAUCCCGCUGUCGCAUCAGGUGGCGGGUCAUAAGUACGGAGUAGAUACCGUGGGCAUUUUGCAGCAUCCAGAUGGAACAGUCCUAAAGCAGCUCCAGCCUCCACCCAGAGGUCCACGAGAGAUGCAGUUUUACAGCAAGGUGUAUGCAGAGGACUGCUGUGAUCCAUGCCUUCUGCACCUUCAGAACCAUCUGCCCAAAUACUAUGGCACCUGGUCCUCUCCUGACAGCCCCAAAGAGCUGUACUUGAAGCUGGAGGACGUGACCCGGCGCUUUAUUAAGCCGUGCAUCAUGGACGUGAAGCUGGGUCAGCGGAGCUACGACCCAUUUGCCUCGCAGGAGAAGCGGGAGCAGCAGAUCAGGAAAUACCCACUGAUGGAGGAGAUAGGCUUCCUGGUUCUCGGCAUGAGGGUUUAUAAAAUGUGUGGUGACACAUUUGACUCCUACGACCAGCAUUACGGGAGAGGGCUGGUUCAGGAAUCCAUUAAAGACGGCCUGGCUAAUUUCUUCCAUAAUGGUGUCAGUCUGAGGAAGGAUGCUUUGUCAGCUAGCAUCCACAGAGUACAGCGGAUCCUCCGCUGGUUUGAGUCUCAGCAGCAACUGGUCUUUUACGCCAGCUCCCUUCUCUUCGUCUAUGAGGGGCUCCCAUCCCCCUCUUCCUCCUCAUCGGCCUCCUCCUCCUCCUCCUCCCUUUCGUCCCUUCUCAGCACCCUGUCAAUCAGCCCUACUGUGGGGAAAACUGCCGCGUUGUCAUUGGCAGCAGACAGCAGUUGGGAGGGGAAAGCGAGACCGGAAGGGGCGAAGCUGGAAGAGGAGGUGGGCGAGUACAACAACAACAACAUUCAGGUGCAUCCCUGGGACUGCAGCCUGGCCACCAUUUACACUAACCACACGAAAAAGAGCCACCACCACUGUGCCAGGGGUCACCUCCGUGGCAACCAUGGAGACAGCAAUGCUGUGGAGACAACGGCAGGCCCGGUUCCUGAAGAUAACAUCUCAGCGCUGUGUGAAGAAGACAACUCGACGUGGAAACGAACUGGCGAGUCACAGCCGGCCAACGGAAACAGAAACAAGUCCCAAGUGAAAGGGCAGGACGAUGAGGGAGGCAGGGAGGGCAGGUGCCAGAGGAGGCAAAGGGAGGAGGAUGAGGACGGAGAGACGAAAGGACGUGAAUGCGAUGCAACAGAUGGAGGCAGCGAAGACACAGAGGUGGAGGUUAGGAUGAUCGACUUCGCCCACGUUUUCCCGAGCGAAAGCCCCGAUCACGGCUACAUCUACGGCCUCAAACACCUGCUGACGGUGCUGGAGCAGAUCCUCUGUGAUGCCGCCUAGAGCCCCAACUCCUUGCUAACUGCUCUAGACCGACUGAAGGUGUCCAUUCUGACAAUCCUCCUCUCCUCAAAAGACCGACACCUUCAAAAGGGAUUAUUAUUAUUAUCAUCAUCAUCAUCUCACCUGUUUGUGACGAUCCGUCCGUCCGUCUGUCUGUAUGUAUGUUGUUGACAUUUUUUUCUGUGGUCAGCACCACUACAUGCACUAACCAACCCAUGAAGGCAUUGCGACCCUGUACUUAAACACAACAUCUUUAGCUGAACAAUUUACUGGUGCUCAAAGAGCUGUACAAUGUUACGUGACGACACCUUCUGUGUACAUAUGCACAUGCAUAGAAAAUAUGCGUUUGUUUUCUGUAAAACCCAAUACGCAUAUCACUACACCACCUGGGGCUGGGCAGUGUGUAUAUCAGGAGCUGAUAGUCCUCGCGUAGCAGCUGUCCCUUUUCAUUUCUCUGGUCCAACAUUGAGGGAACUAUAUCAGCACUGCAGUUUAUAUGGCAAUAUCCAUUUUAAAAGAGUUUCAUUGAAGAGCUUCAAUGUGAUGAGGUACAAUACUUUUAUUUUUCUGUUAUGCAAUUUCAAUGAUUUCUCACUUUUUGGAAAGCUGACUGAUAUAUCAAUAUUACAGUAAGAUUACAGUAUGAACAAGAUGAUUAGCUCCGCGUCACCUUUUUGGCAGAACAAUCCAAAUUAACUUCGGUUGUCACAAGGAUUAACUUCACAUCAAGGCUUAGUAGCUUAUGUGUUUCUACCUGUAGUCCCCCAACACUACCAUGGAAACACAGGAGCGUUUGGACAACACAGUGAUGGAACAUGGAUCAAACUCCAUAUUUCUCCACAGGGCUAAACUGCAUUUGAUCCAUGUUGGUUUAAAACACACUGUCCCAUUACAAACAGAGCAAGGCUUUCAUUGGUCCCCUCUGAAACCAGUCAAAUGAGGGUUCAGGACCGAGCUCGGGAUCAGUGGUCUAACCAGAAGUCUGGAGAGUGUUGAGGUUUAAGUCGGGUCGUCAUUUAGUGUUUCUGGUGAAACGCGGUCUUCAGGUAUCUAACUCAGGUGAAUUUACUGUAAGCGAGAAUGCGUACUACUACUACUAUCCUCUCAGCGAGACGAUCCUCAUGCUGUCUGCUUGUUUUUUUUAAAGUCUUUAAUCUCAUGGUUGUCAUUAUCUCAUCAUCGCUGACCUUGAGUCAUGUUAAUAUUAGAGUGAAAUUCCACAUCCUUUUUUUCUUUUACCCAUGGCUGUUUUAUUGUACAUGUGUAUGCUGCCAAAUCCCCGUGUGUGUGUGUGUGUGUGUGUGUGUGUGUGUGUGUGUGUGUGUGUGUGUGUGUGUGUGUGUGUGUGUUAUAUGAAUACCAUUAUAUUGCCGAUGUCAUACCUUGUAACCCUGUCUUUUUAAAAGUAAUUUUUACAAAUCUUUAGAAAGCUUUAAGAUCAAGCGGUAACAUUGCUCAUGGGACACUGCCCAUACUCUCACAUUCAGUUCAUUAACCAUGAACUCUAUGGUUUUUAGUUACUAUAAUGUAAUGAAGGAGUUAUAGUAACUAAGGAGGGCAUGAAUCGGAAACUCAACCAUUUGCCACCCAAAUUCUGGAUAGAUGAUUGAUUCACAACGGUCUUUUUUUCUGUGGGGGAGUCUUCCUGUAUUAUACAUGAUGUGCUGUGAUUGGCAUCAUGAUCACAUGACAAGACUUCCUUAGGGAUCUUAAGAUUGUAGUAAAACAAUAUUUGCAAUUUUUAUAAAAAUGCUUUAACCCAAGUUGACUCCCUGUAGAGAGAAACUGAAUGACUGAGAGUGGGACAGAAUGAGAAAAGGACAGCAACUGAAUGCUUUCAUGUCAUUUACACUUUUUUUAUUUGAUGUCGUUUUUCUGGUGCGGAAGGACAGAGAUGUCCUGAGUGUUGGUUGUCUUUAUUACAUUAAUCUCAAUCAAUACAUUAAUCUUAAUCUCUCUGCAUUUUAUUUUGGUAGGACUCUUUUCAGCUUUUAAGGUUGAUGCUGUAGAUGUUAGAAAAUAUGUCAAAGGUUUAUUGAGACCAAAGCUUUCCAUAAAAACCUGUUCACUUCACUUAGCUGUGGUGGUCAAUACGAAUUUUUAAAAAUACUUCUUUGCAAUCAUGCCUUUGUUAUCUUGUUUGCCCCAGGAAACAGAUUUAGCUUGUUUUUAGAGAAAACAUGUGAUACGGUCCCCGCUUCUGGACCUUAAAAACACAUCUCAUACACUUUAUUAGCUGAUUGUUCAUCUGAAGAUCAGCUGAAGAUCACAAGGUACUGAUGCAGGCGUGUGUGAGAUUUUAUGUAUCUAUUUGCUCUGGAACGGAGUUUCUUUACAUGCAUUGAUUAAUGUGUGUGUCCUGCUCAACACAACCUGAAAGGACUCCACGAUGAAACCAACCUGGAUCUACGUGACCGAAGUUCUGUCUCUGUCAUUCCUAACCAUGUUUCUACCCAAGCAGGGCUAUAAUUUGUGGGGAGGAACAUGGACUAAUGCUAAUAGCCAUCAGGGGUGUUCGACACGUGGACGUCAUUAAGCAGCUUCUCCCUCAGUCUGUAUGAGAGACCGCCACUUUCCUUUUCAUUGCUCACCUUAAAGGGCCAGUACGUAGGGGACGUUUUAGCAGAGUUGCACCCCUGAUCUUGUAAAAGGGAGAGAGGCGCUCACACUGUUAGAGCCCACCUCACCCCACGCAGCGUCACCUUUCAGAGAGUCCAUGACAGACAGUUUUUACACUGUCUGUUGUAACUCACUUUACAUGCUCAGCCUUUGUGAACUCCAGGAUCCCAUGGCCUGGCUUUGAUUUUUGUUAGUUUAUGUAGCUUGUAAUAUAUGAACAGAUUAACUAAAUUGUAUUAUGAUUUUAAUCGGAAUCAAAAGAGUACUACUAGAAUGUAUGGCUUUGUUUGAGUUUUCCAUAAAACUGAUAAAUUGUUUAAAAUAAUCAAUGUGAAAGUUGAGGUGUAUUUUAUUAAAGGAUGUUUACAGGACCCUUUUUUUUAAAUCACUGCCUUAUUUUUCUUCUUCUGUUUUAAAUAUUGAUUAUCGAUCAUUCUGGCAGUUUUGUGAAUCUCCUUUGUGUUACUAGCCUGUUGUGUUAUGGUGAACCAACAACACAAACCGUAUUAUGCAUUUGUAUACAAGGCAUUGUUGAUGGAAUAGCACUGAGGGACUAACUGACUCAUUGUGAGGCAGCCAAUUAGUGCAAACAUCAGCUGUUGUCACUGAGGCAGGUGGCAGAUUCUCCAGCAGCACUAUGUUGCUAUUCUAUAUAAAGGACGGGUUUUAGUAGCAGUAUGUCCAUCCUUUACACUGCAACUGAAUCACAACAUAGUCUUUCCCAUUCCACCAUGCGUCAUCCCAUUCCACAUCGCGUUCUGUCAUUCCACAUUGUGUCCUCCCAUUCCACUUUUACUGUUUGACAGCCCUUUUCAAAUAUAAUAGACUGACUAGAAAAAGCCCAAUCCCUGAUUUACCAUGCAUCCCCAAAAUAAUAGCAGCCCUGUGUUUACUACGGAGCCUUACGUGUACCAAUAAAUGAUUUUACAGUGUGUGUAAUCAUUCUAAUACCAAUUAAAAAGAAUAUAACAAAACCGAUUAAAUACAUGUUUUUAAAUGAUUCUGAAUUCUGUUACCUUUAUUAUGUCUUUAAAUGUAAUAAAAUGACUUUGCAGCAA